ACCUGGCCCCAGGAAGAUGGCGGCUGCGGCGGGGAGUCGGAGCUCGUCGUCCGGAUUAGGCGCAGCCUCCGUACCCGGCAGCCCGGAGACGGGGCAGCCGCACGCUGCCGAGGAAGCCGGGGAGAGCCGGGCGGACUGGAGGCGCAAGCAGCUGCGCAGAGUGCGGAGCGUGGAUCUGGAUAAGCUGGCGGCGGGGAGAGUGGAUCACACGGAGUCCCAGCAUAGCCCAGCGGGCGUCAGCGGGGAGCCGGAGCCCGGAGCCAGCAGCGAGGCCGAAGAGCUAUCCGGGAGCCCGAGCACUGGGUACGGUGGGGGGAGCCGUGACAUGGAGAAUAAAGAAACACUCAGGGGGCUGCAGAAAAUGGAUGACCGCCCGGAGGAACGCAUGAUCAGGGAGAAACUCAAAGCAACGUGUAUGCCAGCCUGGAAGCACGAAUGGCUGGAGAGGAGGAGCAGACGAGGCCCUGUGGUUGUCAAACCAAUCCCAGUGAAAGCUGAUGGCUCAGAGUCUUCCAAAACGGACUCUUCUGCUGACGGGUCAUUGAACGGGUUUACACAUAUUCAGAAGGGGCGACGCAGUCCUUCUCCGAGCAGCUCUUCCAGUUCUUCCAAAACGAAGCCGGAGUCUCCGGGAGUGCGGAGAAGAGGGUUAUCUCCAGUACCUUUUCAGAGUGGCCGAGUCACGCCACCUCGAAGAGCCCCCUCUCCAGAUGGGUUCUCUCCCUACAGCCCGGAGGAAACCAGUCGCCGGGUGAAUAAAGUUAUGCGUGCAAGACUCUAUUUGUUGCAGCAGAUAGGACCAAACUCAUUUUUGAUUGGCGGCGACAGUCCUGACAAUAAAUACAGAGUUUUUAUUGGACCUCAGACCUGCAGCUGCGGCAGAGGCGUGUUCUGCAUCCAUCUCCUCUUCGUCAUGUUACGAGUCUUUCAGCUGGAGCCCUCGGAUACAAUGCUCUGGAGGAAAACCUUGAAGAAUUUUGAAGUUGAAAGUUUGUUCCAGAAAUAUCACAGUAGACGUAGCUCAAGGAUCAAAGCCCCAUCUCGUAACACCAUCCAGAAGUUUGUGUCACGCAUGUCAAAUUCUCAUACAUUGUCCUCAUCUACCACCUCUACAUCUAGCUCAGAUACCAGCAGCAUAAAAGACGAAGAUGAGCAAAUGUGUCCCAUCUGCCUGUUGGGCAUGCUGGACGAGGAGAGCCUGACCGUAUGUGAAGAAGGCUGCCGAAAUAAGCUACACCAUCACUGCAUGUCAAUCUGGGCAGAGGAAUGCCGGAGGAAUCGGGAGCCUCUCAUCUGUCCUCUGUGCCGCUCAAAAUGGAGAUCCCAGGACUUCCACAGCCAUGAAAUACCAGGGCCUGUGGAUUCUCCCCCUAUGCUACGCGCUGCCCAGCAGCAGUCUCCUCAGCAGCAGUCCCCUACAGCUGGAUCCCAAAGAAGGUCACAGGAUUCCAAUUUAAACCUUACUCUUUAUGGGGUCCAGCAGAUUCCUGCUGCUUACAAAAACAUGGCUGAGCCAUGGAUUCAGGUCUUUGGGACGGAGCUGGUGGGCUGUUUGUUUUCUCGGAACUGGAAUAUCAGAGAAAUGGCGCUGAGGCGUCUUUCGCAUGAUGUGAGUGGGGCCCUGCUGUUGGCUAAUGGUGAAAGCACUGGAACUUCAGGCACUGGCAGUACACCCAGCAGCACCACUCCACACUCUGCCAGUGGCUCAUCUCAGUCCAGUAUCUCGGGGGACGUUGUGGUGGAAGCCUGCUGUAGCGUUCUAUCCAUGGUGUGCGCCGACCCGGUCUACAAAGUUUAUGUCGCUGCUUUAAAAACCUUACGAGCCAUGCUGGUGUACACUCCUUGCCACACAACUGCUGAAAGGAAAAAGCUGCAACAACUUCUCAACCCGGUUGUGGAGACCAUCCUGGUCAAGUGCGCAGAUGCCAACAGCCGGACGAGUCAGCUUUCAGUGUCAACGCUGCUGGAACUAUGCAAAGGCCAAGGAGGAGAGCUGGCGGUGGGAAGAGAGAUCUUAAAAUCCGGCUCCGUUGGCAUUGGCGGCGUGGAAUUUGUCUUGAACUGUAUCCUGGCCACUCAGCCAGAGUCUAACAACUGGCAAGCACUACUCGGCCGUUUGUGUCUCAUCGACCGCCUCUUGUUGGAAUUUCCUGCUGAAUUUUAUCCCCACAUCGUCAGUGGAGACGUGUUACAGGCGGACACCGCGAUAGAAAGGUAUAGAAAUCUGCUGUCCUUGCUGAACUUUGCAUUGCAGUCCAUUGAUAAUUCUCAUUCGAUGGUUGGAAAACUGUCCCGCAGAGUAUUUUUAAGUGCUGCAAGGAUGGUGGCGAGAGUCCCCCAUGUGUAUGUGAAGCUGCUGGACAUGUUGAGCGUGACGAGCUCCACGCACUACAGCCGCAUGCGGAGGCGUUUAAUGGCCAUCGCUGAAGAAAUGGACAUUGUUGAAGUGAUCCAGCAAGGUCUCGAAGACUCUCAAACUUUUGAAAACCGCAGGGAAGCUUUCGUGCAGCCCUCCGCCCCGGCUAACUCCCCCGUGACCUCACAAAGCAAUUCCCCAGAACAUACUAUGCAGCUAUCAGGGAAACUGGGGAAUGACCCUUGUGUCUCAAAAACGGCUACCAGCCCAGAGGACUUGAAUGAGGCACUGGAAGUUAUAUCCUUGGGACUCCCACUGUCCACUGUAACAACCGAACAACCAAAGCCUGCCAUCCCCACUAAACGCAGACCACUAAGUCAAUGCUUGAACUCCCCCUCUUCCUCUCAGAACCAUUCCUUAUUCCAAACGUUGCCUUCUCCUUCUUCCACCACAUCUGUGCCUGCUGGCCCGGUCUCGGAUGUCGCCAAACCUCAGGGAUUUGCUCCCUGCAAACUGUCCUCUGCUUCCCCUCAAUCUCAGAGGAAAUUUUCUCUUCAGAUACAAAAGCACUAUUCAGGAAACAAGGAGCCUGAGAAACUUUCUCCUGUUUUCACCCAAGCUAGGCCCUCGCCACCUCAUCCAAUACACAGGCCAAAGCCAUCCCGGCCUACGCCAGGGGACGCGGCCAAGCCAGGAGAAUCUCCCAAAGGCAAUAUGACACUUGAUCUAAGUGUUCCUCACUGUGACGGUGGCAGCAGUAAUAUUAAUGCUAUUAUACCCAGCGAUGACACGGUGUUCACGCCUGUAGAAGAGAAGUGUCGACUGGAUGCCAACACAGAGCUUAAUUCCAGUAUGGAGGACCUGUUGGAAGCAUCAUUGCCUGCAAGCGACAGUACAGUCACCUUUAAGUCGGAGGUAGCAGUGCUGUCCCCGGAGCGGGCAGAGAUUGAUAACACGUACAAGGAGGAUGUCAGCCACAAUCAGAAGUGCAAAGAGAAAAUGGAAGCAGAGGAGGAGGAAGCGCUGGCCAUUGCCCUUGCCAUGUCGGCCUCUCAGGACGCCCUGCCAGUCAUACCCCAGCUACAGGUGGAAAAUGGCGAGGACAUCAUCAUCAUUCAGCAGGAUACCCCAGAGACCCUGCCUGGACAUACCAAAGCAAAAAAUCAUUACCGGGAAGAAGUUGAAUGGCUGAAGGGGCAGCAGAUUGGCUUAGGAGCCUUUUCUUCCUGUUACCAAGCUCAGGAUGUUGGAACUGGCACCUUAAUGGCUGUUAAACAGGUGACCUAUGUGAGGAAUACAUCCACGGAGCAGGGAGAAGUGGUGGAAGCACUGCGGGAGGAGAUCAGAAUGAUGAAUCACCUCAGUCACCCUAACAUAAUCCGGAUGUUGGGGGCUACCUGUGAGAAGAGCAACUACAAUCUCUUUGUGGAGUGGAUGGCAGGUGGCUCUGUUGCUCAUCUGCUCAGCAAAUACGGAGCGUUCAAAGAACCUGUAAUUAUCAACUAUACCGACCAAUUACUGCGCGGACUCGCUUACCUGCACGAGAAUCAGAUCAUCCACAGAGACAUUAAAGGAGCCAAUCUACUGAUUGAUAGCACUGGACAGAGACUACGAAUUGCAGAUUUCGGAGCAGCUGCAAGACUGGCUUCAAAGGGCACCGGCGCGGGUGAAUUCCAAGGGCAGCUGCUGGGUACAAUUGCCUUUAUGGCACCAGAGGUGCUGAGGGGGCAGCAGUAUGGCAGAAGCUGUGAUGUGUGGAGCGUUGGGUGUAGCAUUAUUGAGAUGUCCUGCGCUAAACCUCCAUGGAAUGCAGAGAAGCACUCCAACCACCUAGCUCUCAUCUUCAAGAUUGCAAGUGCAACUACUGCCCCGACAAUCCCGCCACAUCUAUCACCAGGUUUGCGGGACGUGACCCUUCGGUGUUUGGAGCUGCAACCCCAAGACCGGCCACCGUCAAGAGAAUUACUGAAACACCCAGUUUUUCGAACGAAGUGGUAGAAACGUUUGCAAAACGAGAGAACGUUUUAAUUAUGCUACUGAUGCGGAGAUUAGGAUCCCUGCUUAAAUACAGCUGCAUGUCCUGUCCUGCCACAGAUAUACCUGUGUGUUUAUGUAGCUUCCCUGCCCUGUGCAUGACCACUGAAAACAUCCAAACGCUUCAGAAUAGAGUAACAUUAUAUUCUAGCAGGAGUGUCUGCCUUUGAGGAAAUCCCUUAUCCUGUAUUGCAUUACAUUUUUAUUUAUUUUAUGUGAAAGAAAAAAAAAAAGCAUCUCGAUGUGAGUUUUGUCAUUUUACUAAAAUGUGCGUGAACAUUUCUCCGAGGGUCAUGUACACGUGAUGAUCUCAUAAACUCUUCUGAAGCUUCCUGUUGAGAUGCGUCAUCACAGGACAAGGAGAGACCCUGUGAUAGGUAGAUUGGUUUCUCCAACCACCUGCUUUCAGACACCGCCUAUGGCCAUAGAGAUAAUUGCAAUGUGUAAAUAUUGUCUACACUGUACUUUGCCACAGGUGUACAACACAGAACAACCUGUUUGGAUCCUUCGAUUUGACGUUGGCUCAUUUCUCUUUUUUUUCUUUUUUGAAUUGUCAUGAUCGUUUGUAGUAUAUACAUAUUUUUUAAUUGCAAGUAACUUUACCCUGUCUGUAGAGUCACUUGUACCCAACAUGUAAGAAGAGUGAUCUGGAAAUAAUAGUCUGCUGUUCCGUGCAACUCUGCACAACCGUUUCAGUUUUUAAGUGCAAGUCUUCUGGGUAGAGGUUUUCCAGAUUGCUCAGCCAAGAGAGAACACUGUACACAACCACUUACUCUAUGUAUUGAUUUAAUUAGGGUAUUGUACAUUGAUUCUUCCACCCGUUAACUCAGUAAGUUGUGUAUAAUGACAGGUGAAAUCAUUCUUUAUUUUUCUGGAAUAUUCAGGUUCUUUUUAUCUUUUCCUAUUAAAAGUAUUUUGAAGUAACGUUAUAUUUCAAACCAAAUCAAAAUGUAUUUAACUUGAUCAGUCACUUUUUUUUUUUUUUGGCAUUUUAAUUUAUGUUUUCCUUCGGUAGUACACCGUGACUUUUAUCAAAUUCAAAUGCAAUUUUAGAAUUCAAGUAUUAAAGUCUACUUGAAAUACGUAUCUCCAGUUGAUUGCAGGACUUGCUACCAGACUGAGCUCUUUUAUUACUUGUUGCUGUGUGUUCUAUUACUGUUGAACGGACCAGAAUCCUGGCAGACAGGGUGACAUAGCGAGAGUACAGAGUUUUUAUUUUAUUUUUCGAUCCAUGUGUUUGUCUUCAGUCUUUUGAAGUCCGGUCUGAAAUGCAUUCGUCACUAUAAUGCAUCGUGACUGCACCCUAAUGGAUAUAAGUUACACAUGGAGUUCCACAUUACCUGCAUCUGUGUGGUGAAAAUCCAUUGAUUAUUGAAAUAUAUUCCUCCUGCCCUUAUUAUGUCAUGUAUGUAUUACGGAAGGAAAAUGGCAGCUCUUGCUUUUGUUUUUUGUUUUUUUUAAUGGUUAAAGUUUUUUCAAUCGAUCCAAUAUUUUUGUUUUUAACUCCUUGGAAACCAGUUGGGGUUGUUGCACAGUGGGAAAAAAAAAUAUUUAGGUUAUUCUGAAACUCAGGAUCAACUCAAUAAGCUAUUAUACAUUUCAGCUAAUUUACCAUAUACAAAUCCAGACAAUUUUUAAACGGUAAUAAAAAUAAUUACAAGCUGAAGUGUGUAUAAAAUGUGAAGUCUUGAAUUUGGACAUUCCUUUUUUUUUUGUGCGACAGGCAAGCAUAUUCCAAAGAGUUAAAGUAACUGUAUUCCUUAAUGUGAACGUCAGUAGCUCUAACUGUAUUUUACUUGACUCCUAUGCUACGGCAUAUUUUUUUAUUUCUUGAAGUCUUAAAACCUUGCUCUACCGUCUGUCCUUUGCUAUUAAUGCUUUGUCUGAUAUAUAGAUAGAUAAAUCUAUCACACACACUGAAAGAAUUGAUCUCUGUAUUGACGCUUUUACUUCCUACGCAAAAAUGAACCUCAGCUAAUCAGUAUUAUCCAUGUGCUUAUCGUGCCUCCCACAUUUCAGAUCUUUGGCUUUUUCUUAGUUUGCGCUCCUUACCUUCAGCUUGCUGGAAAUUGUGGUGUACUAUUUUUAUGCAGAUUAUGUUGUAAUCUUAUUUUCUUUGGAUCAAAGCUGGACUGAAAAUUGUAUAAUUAUUUUUUUGUGACGUUCUUUAAUGUUAUUUGGUACUUCUUAAGUUGUAAAUAACGCCUACUGCUUGUUUUAUUUCAGUCUCUACUACCUCAGGUGUCCUAUAGAUUUUCUUCUACCAAAGUUGACUUUCACAAUGAGACUAUUUGCUGUAUGACUGAUUCCUAAGACUUCCAGGGCUCAAGGGCUAAUUUCUCUUAGCACCUUAACUGUGCAUGCAAGUGUUGCAGAAAUCUCUGGGUUAAGAAAAAAAAUUUGGCUUAAAUGUAUCCUUCGUUAUUUUAAAUAUAUCAAGAUAUUUUAAUUAUUAAAGGUUUUUAACCCAUGAACCGGUUUUAUAGUAUAAUUUGUACCUAUUUUUGGUGUUUUUGUCUUUAUAGUAAAUAAAAAGAUUUUGAACAAA